UGAUGUGAAGCAGUUUGACUCCGCCCCCUCAGUCCUGUUCAGUGGAUCUGGUCUGAGAGAGUCCAAACCGUCUGUCAGCAGGACCUGCAGGAUCAGCCUCAGAAUGGCCAGCUGUUCAGGAUGUGGACCAGGAUACCGCAGCCCACUGGACGCCAUGAAGGGUCCACGGGAGGAGAUCGUCUACCUGCCCUGCAUCUACCGCAACACCGACAUCCUUAAACCUGACUACCUUGCCACCGUGGACGUCGACCCGAAAUCGUCCACCUACUGCAAGGUCAUCCACCGGCUGCCAAUGCCAAACCUCCGUGACGAGCUGCAUCACUCUGGCUGGAACGCCUGCAGCAGCUGCUUUGGCGACGCCUCCAAAAAGAGAAACCGCCUGAUUCUGCCAUCACUCAUCUCGUCCAGGAUCUACGUGAUUGAUGUCGGGACGAAUCCCAGAGUGCCGCAGAUCCACAAGAUGGUGGAGCCUGUUGAUCUGUACUAUAAGUGUGGCCUGGCAAACCCUCACACCACCCACUGUCUGGGCAGUGGUCAGAUCAUGAUCAGCUGCAUGGGGGACCCCUCCGGCAACGGCAAAGGUGGUUUCGUCUUGCUGGAUGGUGAGACGUUUGAGGUGGUGGAGAACUGGGAACAUCCGGGUGAAGCAGCGCCUUUUGGGUAUGACUUCUGGUACCAGCCUCGACACAACGUGAUGAUCAGCACUGAAUGGGGGGCACCCAAAGCUCUUGUUGGUGGAUUUAAUCCAGUCCAUGUCAAAGAAGGUCACUACGGCAGCGCCCUCCAUGUUUGGGACUGGACUACCCACAGGAAGCUGCAGACACUCGAUCUGGGUGAGGAGGGUGCGAUUCCCCUGGAGGUCCGAUUCCUCCAUGACCCCAGUGCCACCGAGGGCUACGUUGGAUGUGCUCUGCGGGGAACAGUCUUCAGAUUCUACAAAACACCCAAAGGUGACUGGGAUGUAGAGAAGGUGAUCAGUGUUCCCUGUAAGAAGGUGGAAGGAUGGAUUCUGCCAGAGAUGCCAAGUCUGAUCACAGACAUUCUGAUCUCAUUGGACGACCGUUUCCUUUACUUCAGUAAUUGGCUGCACGGUGACAUCAGACAGUAUGACAUCACGGACAGGAGGAACCCAAGAUUGGUCGGCCAGGUGUUCGUGGGAGGAAGUGUCAUCAAUGAUGGUCCGGUCAGAGUCCUGGAAGACCCGCAGAACCAACCGCAGCCCCACCCACGCAUCAUCCAGGGGAAGCGUGUCCCUGGUGGUCCUCAGAUGUUACAGCUGAGUUUGGAUGGACGGAGACUUUAUGUGACGACGUCUCUCUACAGCGGCUGGGACAAACAGUUCUACCCCGACAUGAUCCGGGAGGGCUCAGUGAUGAUGCAGAUCGAUGUGGACCUGGUCACUGGAGGCCUCUCUGUGAAUGAAAACUUCCUGGUGGAUUUCGGUAAAGAGCCCGACGGUCCGGCUCUGGCCCACGAGGUCCGAUAUCCUGGAGGAGACUGUACGUCUGACAUCUGGCUGUGAAAACCUCCGAGUCCACACUGAAGAGGAAACCCGAGAGUGAAAGAGUCCAGUCACACACAGUCCCAGAACCAGACCAAACCUCGACCCACACGUGACUACGUUAAAACAAACCCACCGACCCGGGAGAAGUGUCAGCUUAUCAACCACAUUAUGAUUGAUUAAUCACCUCACAUUAUUGAUUAUUAUUAAUCAAUCACUGUUACAUUAUUGAUUGUUAUUAAUUAAUCACUGUCCAGUAUUGAUUGUCAUUAAUUAUACACUCACAGAACCAAAAGUAAAACUUGUCAUGAUGUCACCAUGUUUUUUAUGUAAGAGUAAGAAUUUUACAUUUUGAAUUUGAAGAUAUUUGUUGAUCCAUAUUGCAUGAAGAGUCUGAAGGUCCAGAGUAACUGAAGAAUGUAAUGGAGCAAAAGUAUAAAGUAGCAGAAACUGGAGAUAUUUGAGUAAAUACCUGAAAAGUGUAAAGUACUUGAGUAAAUGUGCUGAGUUACAUUCCACUGCUGCACUGUGAAGUGAGGGGACGUGAACAUUCCUGUGAGUGUGAGUCAGGUAACAAAUGGACCAAUCAGCUGUCAGCCUGACGCUCAGGUGCAUCAUGACCCACCUGUUGACCUGUCGGCCUCUGCAGCGCCUCCUGCUGGUCAAACUGUCAACAUGUGUCAAUAAAGUUCACCCUGAUUCUC